AUGCCGACACCAAUUGAUAAUGCGCUACGCUCCAAGAAUGCCGUUCUCGGCUUUGCCGGCAUCAUAACCGCAGCUGCUGCCUGGGCCAUUUGGGGCGGCGACAUGUUUCCGGCUCCUGCAGACCCGACUGGCGACCCGGAAGGCUGGACGAGGGAAGAAAUGAGACAAUGGCUUGCUGCUCGAAACUUGCAUCCGCAAAGUGGCGAUUCAAGGGAACAAUUACUAGAGAGGGUCAAGGUGAAUAUGCGAUACCAGGCGUAA